CACGAGCGAACGGGUCAGCUAGCGGCCCAUGUUUGGUGAGGUCGACACCAGCGAUCCCGACACCACUACGCCGCUGCUGCUGUUGUGCAACAGAGCGAUUACCAGGCAUUUCUUCGAGCGUAGAAUCGUCACCGUUACUCUUGGAGUCGCCCUUCACCGCGUUGCAGGACCCGCCCGCUACCUUGAACACGCACGCAGCCUUGCGCCUCCCUGAUCGCUACUCUGCCUGGCAUAUGCACGUCAAACCCGCGCGCCGGACUACAAACUAGGAGCGACCCGCACGAGCUCAAGCGACGCAUGCUCGCGUUGUCCCGUCUGCAAAUUCACAGUAUCUCACGCCCGCGAUCUCGCGGCACUUUCACAGGCUCGGCGUUGGACUGGUCGAGCAGCAACGACAUUGGCAUAUCACAGAGGCGGGGAGAGGGAAGCGCAGAGCGAAGAGGAUAUUUGCAAACCACAGGCGGCCAGGUUGCCGCAUGGCGUAAACCAUAUGCGGUCAAGACGAACACGCAGUUCUCCUCGCGCCUCUCGUGAGCAAUGGCCGCGUUCGUGAGGGUUUCUGGACCGCCCAACAGCAACUUCUUGGUGGGGUAUCCAGGCAUAUCUGCGACUUUGCCUCGUAUAGAAGGCCGCGUUGAGAUUCGACCUGGUGUCGGAGUCAGCGCUCCAGUUCAGGUGUCGCUAGUGACUGUGUCGCUACAGCGGCGCGAAUCGAUUCAGCCAAAUGCCGACUCCUUCGUGCGGAACCUCAACUCCUCGAACCGGAAAGAGAUCACAGAUAUCGUGGGGAAAGAGAUGCUCCUAUUCAGAUGUCCGCCAGGGAAAGAGUCAGAGUCGAUACUUUGCAUGGAUCUACCCUUUGUGAUAUUCAUACCAUACGGACGUGGAGGAGAGGAGAUUGCGCGGCGUGUACCUCCAGCGAGUCUACAAUUGGACAAGAGAACAGCUGAGACGUACUACGAGAUCGUGGUCACUGUGCAGCAAGGGCAUCAAGAGCAAAGGAAGUACCCCUUCCCAGUCCCUAUAUCUCGUUACGACACAUUGAGCACAUUCGGCAUGUACAACCGGCCAGAAAGCGCCGAGAAGGUCUCAGACCACCUCGUCACACUUGGAAUCAGUCUCCCGCGAUGGAGUUACGGGCCGCUGGAUCCAGUUUCAGUGUACAUCAAGCUGUCACCAAAUCCUGACUGGACGAGUAAGGCGAAACGAGUCACGAUACAGGACAUUACGGUGGGCAUUGACGAAGAGAUCAUUUACAACCCAGAAGGAGACGAGCCGUUACGGAAGACGAAGACGUUGGCAAAGCACAAGCAGAGCGUAGGCGUCAAACUACCCGAAGCAGGUUACUUCACGAAUUUAGGCCUCGUGUUUCCCGCCAGAGAGCUGAGAGACAACGAGGGCGUGUUACCAAGAGGUCGAAAAGAGUUCCCAAUGUACGCCGUGAGCGGUUUCACGACCACUGGAACGCUGUACAAGAUUGAAUACUAUCUCACAGUGAAGGCAAAAAUGUCUUCAGCCCGAGAUAUCUUGCUUCGACAACCGAUAGUUGUAUGUCCCUUCGAUCACGCCGGCUGCAAGGAAGAAAUGGAAGCGAUCGAGCAGGCAGCGAAGGAUGCAGCACACAUCUCGCCUGAGAACCCUAUGCUGCCUGCAGCUUCCAUCAUCAAGGCAAAUGAUCCGGCAGGUCUUAGGGCUCUUGGUGUAACUAUGGUCGGCGCGCAGCGAAGACCAUUGAUCGAAUGAGAGCCUUUCACGUGGGUCGCAUCAAAAAUAACAUGCAUUGUUGUGCUCACCGCAGCUGCUCAACCACAUCAACCCUGGCAAGCAGCUCUCGACUGGCUGGCGGCUCUUCAUUCGCAGUCGGUUGGAGAGUCGUACAGUGCGCCGGGCUGAGGAGUGCCUGACACGGGCGCAAUGGACAAUGAAUGAAUGAAUCAACGAAGAUUCGUGUAAUGAAGCGAGGCUGAAGCUUCGCGUCAAUGAACUUGGAAUGAGUUCUGGAUACCCAUUUGCUUUGACGAGGGCGCAAGUUUCUGGCGAGCAUACUCGGGUAGGCUGGAACCUACCUGGGAGGGAGACGGUCAAAGCUGCACCGCAGGGACACAGUAGACCACAUGCGUCUGCACAUAUGGCUGGGAGCCUUGUGGAUGAUGAGAGAAGC